AUGCCCAUUCACCCCUUUGCAGCCCCCCAGGGUGCCCUGGGUUCGGCGGCGCGGGCUCCCACCCAGCCAGCCCGGGCUGAUAUUUGCCCCGACGCCUCCCUGCAAUCCUGCUGCGGCCGGUCCCGGCCCCGCCUGUCUGCCCUUCCUCGCCAGCGGGAGGAGGAGGCAGCUGCGGGCCGGGGACGGCUCUGGAAGGAGCGUGAGUGGGAGCGGAACACGAGGGGGGCUGUGGCGCAGGCGGGACGGGACGGGACGGGACAGGAGGGCUCGGCCGUGCCCACCACCAGCUGCCUGUCGGACUCAUCCUUCAUGGCGGGGAAGCCGAGGAGGAGCGGAAGGGGGGUGCUGGAGGAGAAGCGGUGGCAGAGCCUGGAGGAGAGGGGCAGCGCAGGCGCCCGGCUGGGGCACCCCGUGCUCACCAGAUCCAAAACCUGUGACCCCUCCUUCUGCAAGGAGACAGAGCAGGCUGCGGCAGCCACGGGCAGGCAGGGACACCCGUCCCUGUCGCUGAGCAAGCGCGCCGCCGGUUACCGCAAAGCCUUCGGGGAGCUCGCCGAGCGGGAAGCACUGCUGGCCUGCUUCUCCUGUGCCUGGCAGAGAGAGGUGCCCUACCAUGGCCGCCUCUACAUCUCCUCCCGCCACAUCUGCUUCCACUCCAGCCUCCUGCUCAAGGACAUCAAGGCGGUGGUCCCCGUCACCUCCAUCUCAGUCCUCAAGAAGACCAACACGGCCCUCCUGGUGCCCAACGCGCUCAGCAUCCGCACGGCUGAGGGGGAGAAGUUCCUCUUCGUGUCACUGCAGCGGCGGGAGGCCACGUACCAGCUCCUGAAGUCGGUCUGCAAACACUUGCAGACCUCAAACCAGUCGGACCUGGAGCAGAGCACCCCGGAGCCCGACAGCCUCCAGGAGCUGCUGAAUGGGCCAAACCCGACGCCAAGGCAAGCGGCGGAGGAGGAUGAAGAGGCAGCGGCGCUGGCUCUGAGCAACAGAGAGCGGGUGCCCUCGGCAAAGCCACGCAGCCUCUGGGGGGGACCCCACACCGCACUGUGGGCCCGGACCAUCGCACGGCUGAGCCCCCUCAACACAGUCAUCCUCAUCUACCUGCUGCUGAUGGUGGCCCUGCUGCUGUCCUCGGGGUACAUCGGUCUGCGCAUCGUGGAGCUGGAGCAGCAGCUGGCGUCCGUGGGGGCUUGGCCAGACCUCAACCUGUCGCAACAGUGA